UGCGAGGGGACGGACGGGUGGGUCCUGGAGAACCCGCCGGUGCCGAGCAAGAGCCGCCUGCACUCAGCCGCGUCCUGUUCAGUUGCAGACGGUCGGCGCUGCCGGUGCCCAGCAAACCCGCUCCGCGUUCCGGGCGUUCCUGGCCGCUCUGCCUUGCCUGGGUCCCCGAGAGCCCUGCUAGGCGCCCGCUCCAGAGCGUCCCUCCGCCCCCCGGCCACUUCUCCUCGGCGGUGGAAGAGGCAGCCGCCGAGAUGCCGCGGAACCAGGGCUUCUCCGACCCCGAGUACUCGGCGGAGUACUCGGCUGAGUACUCGGUCAGCCUGCCCUCGGACCCCGACCGCGGGGUGGGCCGCACCCACGAGAUCUCCGUCCGGAACUCGGGGUCCUGCCUCUGCCUGCCACGCUUCAUGCGACUGACCUUCGUGCCCGAGUCCCUCGAGAACCUCUACCAGACCUAUUUCAAAAGGCAGCGCCACGAGACCCUGCUGGUGCUGGUGGUCUUCGCCGCCCUCUUUGACUGCUACGUGGUGGUCAUGUGCGCGGUGGUCUUCUCCAGCGACAAGCUGGCGCCCCUCAUGGUGGCCGCCGUGGGACUGGUGUUGGACAUCAUCCUCUUCGUGCUCUGCAAAAAGGGGCUGCUCCCGGACCGGGUGACCCGGAAGGUGGUGCCCUACCUGCUCUGGCUGCUCAUCACGGCCCAGAUCUUUUCCUACCUGGGCCUGAACUUCACCCGGGCCCACGCGGCCAGCGACACGGUGGGCUGGCAGGCCUUCUUUGUCUUCUCCUACUUCAUCACGCUGCCCCUCAGCCUCAGCCCCAUCGUGGUCAUCUCCGUGGUGUCCUGCGUGGUCCACACACUCGUCCUGGGGGUCACCGUGGCUCAGCAGCAGCAGGACGCGCUCAACGGCCUACAGUUGCUGAGAGAGAUCCUGGCCAACGUCUUCCUCUACCUGUGCGCCAUCAUCGUGGGCGUCAUGUCCUACUACAUGGCCGACCGCAAGCACCGCAAGGCCUUCCUGGAGGCUCGCCAGUCGCUGGAGGUGAAGAUGAACCUAGAGGAGCAGAGCCAGCAGCAGGAGAACCUCAUGCUUUCCAUCCUGCCCAAGCACGUGGCCGACGAGAUGUUAAAGGACAUGAAGAAGGACGAGAGCCAGAAGGACCAGCAGCAGUUCAACACCAUGUACAUGUAUCGCCACGAGAAUGUCAGCAUCCUCUUUGCCGACAUCGUGGGCUUCACCCAGCUGUCCUCCACCUGCAGCGCCCAGGAGCUCGUGAAGCUGCUCAACGAGCUCUUUGCCCGCUUCGACAAGCUGGCACAAAAAUACCACCAGCUGCGGAUCAAGAUCCUGGGCGACUGUUACUACUGCAUCUGCGGCCUGCCCGACUACCGGGAGGACCACGCCGUCUGCUCCAUCCUCAUGGGGCUGGCCAUGGUGGAGGCCAUCUCGUACGUGCGGGAGAAGACGAAGACCGGGGUGGACAUGCGUGUGGGGGUGCACACGGGCACGGUGCUGGGGGGCGUCCUGGGCCAGAAGCGCUGGCAGUAUGACGUGUGGUCCACCGACGUCACGGUGGCCAACAAGAUGGAGGCCGGCGGCAUUCCUGGGUGGAUGUGCCAGGCCCAAGCACCCAGCAGUGCUCUUCCACCUCCAGAGCUCCCCCUCGGGAGCCACUGGCGGGCAAUCACGGCAGAGGACCCCACAGGACCUGGGACCCGGAAUGCCGGGGGGCUGGGAAUGAAGGCGGACAACCCCUCCUUCCCAAACCCUCGCCGGAGGCUGCGCCUGCAGGACCUGGCCGACCGCGUGGUGGACGCCUCCGAGGACGAGCACGAGCUCAACCAGCUGCUCAACGAGGCCCUGCUGGAGCGCGAGUCCGCCCAGGUAGUGAAGAAGAGGAACACCUUCCUUCUCUCCAUGCGGUUCAUGGACCCCGAGAUGGAAACCCGCUACUCGGUGGAGAAGGAAAAGCAGAGCGGGGCCGCCUUCAGCUGCUCCUGCGUUGUGCUGCUGUGCACAGCCCUGGUGGAGAUGCUCAUCGACCCCUGGCUAAUGACAAACUACGUGACCUUUGUGGUGGGGGAGGUUCUGCUGCUGAUCCUGACAAUCUGCUCGCUGGCUGCCAUCUUUCCCCGGGCCUUUCCUAAGAAGCUCGUGGCCUUCUCAGCUUGGAUUGACCGGACCCGCUGGGCCAGGAACACCUGGGCCAUGUUGGCCAUCUUCAUCCUGGUCAUGGCGAAUGCCGUGGACAUGCUGUCCUGUCUCCAGUACUACACGGGGCCCAGCAACGUCACCGUGGUGAUGGAGAGCGAGGAUGGCUGCGUGGAGAACCCCAAGUAUUACAGCUACGUCGCUGUGCUGUCCCUCAUCGCCACCAUCAUGCUGGUGCAGGUCAGCCACAUGGUGAAGCUCACACUCAUGCUGCUGGUCUCCGGGGCCGUGGCCGUCAUCAACAUCUACGCCUGGCGCCCCAUCUUCGACGAAUACGACCACAAGCGUUUUCAGGAACAUGACUUUCCUGUGGUCGCCUUAGAGAAGAUGCAGAUACUUUCCAGCCCCGGGCUCAACAGCACCGACAGGCUGCCCCUGGUGCCUUCCAAGUACUCGAUGACAGUGAUGAUCUGCAUCAUGAUGCUGAGCUUCUACUACUUCGCCCGCCACGUUGAAAAACUGGCAAGGACACUGUUCUUGUGGAAAAUUGAGGUCCAUGACCAGAAGGAGCGUGUCUAUGAAAUGCGACGCUGGAACGAGGCCUUGGUCACCAACAUGCUGCCUGAGCACGUGGCCCGCCAUUUCCUGGGGUCCAAGAAGAGAGAUGAGGAGCUGUACAGCCAGUCUUAUGAUGAGAUCGGAGUCAUGUUCGCCUCCCUGCCCAACUUCGCUGACUUCUACACGGAGGAGAGUAUCAACAAUGGUGGCAUUGAGUGUCUGCGCUUCCUCAAUGAGAUCAUCUCGGAUUUUGACUCUCUCCUGGACAACCCCAAAUUCCGAGUAAUCACCAAGAUCAAAACCAUCGGCAGCACCUACAUGGCGGCCUCUGGAGUCACCCCAGAUGUCAACACCAAUGGCUUUACCAGCUCCAGCAAGGAGGAGAAGUCAGACAAGGAGCGCUGGCAGCACCUGGCUGACCUGGCUGACUUCGCACUGGCCAUGAAGGACACGCUUACCAACAUCAACAACCAGUCCUUCAACAACUUCAUGCUGCGCAUCGGCAUGAACAAAGGAGGGGUCCUGGCUGGUGUUAUCGGAGCCCGGAAACCGCACUAUGACAUCUGGGGCAAUACCGUCAACGUGGCCAGCAGGAUGGAGUCCACAGGGGUCAUGGGCAACAUUCAGGUUGUAGAAGAAACACAAGUCAUUCUCCGAGAGUAUGGCUUCCGCUUCGUGAGGCGAGGGCCCAUCUUUGUGAAAGGGAAGGGGGAGCUACUGACCUUUUUCUUGAAGGGGCGUGAUAAACCAGCCGCCUUUCCUAACGGAUCCUCGGUUACACUGCCCCACCAGGUGGUAGACAACUCCUGAGUGGCCUCUCAGCCAGUGACAGUCCAACCAAGAAGGGAGAAUUUACUUUUGGGAAUUGAAGAAAGGCCUUGGGAGAGGACAAAUUACCAAGUAACUGCUGAAGUGCACACUCAAUCUAGACUUUUAGGUGUAACAGUCUCCUCAAGCCUUCAUUUCUGUGUGAGCUCUGAGGAGGCCAUACUAUCCUCAGUAUGCCUGUAGCUUCCCCAGAGUAUAGGGGUUGUAGGCAUAGCCCUGGAACGGAACCUUUGAGUCUUAGUUCUGCCCUGUCCCCCCAGAGAGGCCAUGGCCACUGUGAGCAGGAGUGCCCUGGAAGUGAGACAGCUGCCUUGAGUCUCUGCUUAACACGAGCUUGGCAGAGGGCCAGCUGUGGCCCAAAGCAGCAUUUGAUGUUAGGUGAAAUGGCCCUCGUCCUGGUAAUCUUGAAAGGUUCUUCUGGAACCCUGUCACGAGAGCAGAAAGUGCAAUAUUUCCUUUUACGAGGGGGGAGGGGGACCUAUUUCUGACAGAAAAAUAUAUAAACAGAUCUUCUACAUUUAUAUUUUUAACUCUGUUAAAAAAAACUUCCAAUAUUGCCUUGCCUUUUGAGCUCUUGCUACAGUCGCCUUUGCUACUGCUUUAAAAGAGAAUUUACAGGUAUUGUAAAGAAUAAGACUG